AAACCUCACACACCACUCUAUCUUUUCACACAGUUCUCUUUCUCUUUUUUCUCUGUUUUCUGUUCUUAAAGUUUCAGUUUUUUUUUUUGGGUGAAUUAAGUUGCCAUCAUCACCAUGGCCAUGAAAAGUGCUGCUUCCUCUGCCAUUCGCUCUCUGCUUUCAUCGUCCUCUUCCACCUUCUCCAGAAACCUUCAUGCUCCUGCUGAGAGGAAGAAGAUUGUGGGGGUGUUCUACAAAGGGGGUGAGUAUGCUAAGUUGAAUCCCAAUUUUGUGGGAUGUGUUGAAGGAGCAUUGGGUAUUCGUGAGUGGCUUGAAUCACUGGGUCAUCAGUAUAUUGUCACUGAUGAUAAAGAAGGAUCCAAUUCUGAACUUGAUAAACACCUACAUGAUGCACAUAUCAUCAUAUCUACUCCAUUUCAUCCUGCAUAUGUCACUGCUGAGAGAAUAAAGAAAGCCAAGAAUCUAGAGCUGCUUUUGACUGCUGGAAUUGGUUCCGAUCACGUUGAUCUCAAGGCUGCUGCUGCUGCUGGUUUAACUGUGGCAGAGGUAACUGGAAGCAACGUGGUGUCGGUUGCCGAGGAUGAACUGCUGAGAAUCCUUGUUCUUGUGAGGAAUUUCUUGCCAGGGUAUCAUCAAGCUGUUAAUGGGGAAUGGAAUGUUGCUGGCAUUGCACACAGAGCGUAUGAUCUUGAAGGCAAGACAAUAGGAACUGUUGGUGCUGGACGAAUUGGGAAGCUUUUGCUGCAGAGGUUGAAACCUUUUAACUGUAAUCUUUUGUACUAUGAUAGACUCAGGAUGAAUCCUGAAUUGGAGAAAGAGAUUGGAGCAAAGUUUGAGGAGGAGCUUGAUGCUAUGCUUCCAAAGUGUGAUGUAAUUGUUAUCAACAUGCCUCUCACUGAGCAGACAAGAGGAUUGUUUGACAAAAACAGAAUUGCUAAGUGCAAGAAAGGUGUGGUGAUUGUUAACAAUGCUCGAGGGGCAAUCAUGGACACUCAGGCAAUUGCUGAUGCUUGCACUAGUGGCCAUGUUGCAGGUUAUGGAGGGGAUGUUUGGCCUGUGCAACCAGCUCCAAAGGAUCAUCCAUGGCGAUUCAUGCCAAAUCAUGCAAUGACUCCUCAUAUUUCUGGCACUACCAUAGAUGCACAGUUACGUUAUGCUGCUGGUGUUAAAGACAUGUUGGAUAGGCACUUCAGGGGUGAAGACUUUCCAGAACAAAACUACAUUGUUAAGGAGGGCCAACUCGCAAGCCAAUAUCGAUGAAGUACUCUGUAUUAACGUGGCCUUAGGAAGUUCCAUUUUCAAGGCUGACAUAUGAGAAAAUAAUGAUCCAGAGGGCACUCUAAUUGCAUAAUGUUUGUGCUUUGUCUUUGAACUUGCUUAUGAUUGAUAAAAGAAAUAAAAAAAUGUAAGGAACACUCUCAAUGUUCCUUGUAUUUUGAUCUUGUGUUUUCAAA